UGACUGGUAAGAUUGAGCAUCUUUCUGUCCGGGACUGUCAGGGCCGAGACGCGUCCUCCGCCCUUAGCGGCCAUGAGCACCCCAGCAGUGCCCCGGGAGCUGCAGCUGCCCCCGAGCCAGAGGGCCAGAGAACAAAGAAGACAGAAACUCAAGGAACAUAUGUUAAAAAGAAAAACAUUUUUUGCAUGCAAAAAGGAAAAUCACAUAUCCAGUAGAGACCAGAAAGUGAUAACCUCUAAGGGCCAGGUUCAUGAAGAGACAAAAGUUCCGAAAUUUAAGACAAAAAUUGCUGGUAAAGAAAAUGUCCGUAGACCUCCUAAGAACAAUAAUAACAAUAAUAAGAAUAAUAUAACAAUGGGAAAAAAUUGUAUUCCUUUAAGGCCUUCUAAUGAAUUAACCAACUCAACUAUAGUAAUUGAUACACCUAAUUUUGAGGAUAGUAAUCAAACUGGGCAAUUGGUACCAAUUAAAGAUGGCCCACCAAGCCAAUAUAUGACAUUAAGCCAAGUGUUUCAUCUUAAAAACAACAAUAAUAAAAAGAAACACAUAACAAUAGAAAAACCAAAGCAAGAUGCUAACAUGUCCAAGAAGCUUGUGCUUGGAUCUUACCGUGGCCAAAUUGUUCAGUCUAAGAUUAACUCAUUUAGAAAGCCUCCACAAGUCGGAGAGGAGAGUUCUGCAGCAACAAAGAAACUUCCGCUGGCUACAGUCCCUAAAGCCACAGAGCCUCCGCGCACCAACAGCAGCACUAUGACAGUCAAAAGCGAUAGAGCCUCUGGCAUGAUGACUACCACAAAACUUGUGAGCACUACAUCUCAGAACAGACAGCUUCUGCGACCUCCUAUUAGAAGUCACCAUGACAGUGCUCAGGACGCCGUGAGACAAGGCAUCGCUAGAAGCUCUGCCAAUGUUACCAUUCGGAAAGGGCCUCGUGAGAAAGAAUUAGUACAAUUUAACGCGGUUUCGUCUAGUGCCAAAACCAGUGCUCAGGAUGGAGAAAGAAAGAAGACACUAACAAGAAAUGUGAAGUCUGAAAUCAUAGCCAGGCCUGUUUCAUCUUCUAACAGCAAACUGAUAGAAAAGUUGAAAAAUGUGGACUCUGGCAGGCAAUCAAUAGCAAAAGCAACUACUGAUAGAUCAGCUCAGCCCAAAGAAACAGCAGAAGAAAGAAAAGCUCGUCUGAGUGAGUGGAAGGCUGGCAAAAGCAAAGUGCUGAAAAGGCCGCCUAGCUCAGUAGCGACCCAGCCUGAGCCUGAAGGGCCACAGGAAAACCCAGUUGGGUCCUUUUGGACUGCCCUGGUAGAAGAAGAUGAACAGAGAUUGUUUACUGAAAAAGUAAACAAGACAUUUUCUGAAUGCCUAAACCUGAUUAAUGAGGGAUGUCCAAAAGAAGAAAUAUUGGUCAUAGUGAAUGACCUGAUUAACAAAAUUCCAGAUGCCAAAAAACUUGUUAAAUAUUGGAUAUGCCUUGCACGUAAUGAACUUCUCACAAGUCCUAUUGAAAAUAUUAUCACACUCUAUGAGAAAGCCAUUCUGGCAGGUGCUCAGCCUAUUGAAGAGAUGAGACAUGCCAUUGCGGAUAUUCUGACAAUGAAGAGUCAAGAAAAAGUUAAACAUGGAGAAAAUACUGAGGAGGCUUGUGCAGCCAAGGAAUAUACCCACGAAGUCAGCACUGGAGAUAGACCGGUCAAUCUGGAGUCAGGAAAACCAGAAAUGGAAAAGAAAACUAGAAAUGUGGUAUUUCAAGAUGAUGAAAAAGAGCAAGAUGACGAACCAAAAGAUUCAACCAAUGAUGUUAAAACCCCUAGUACAGAAACCAGGGGGAGUUGCCUAAUUAAAUAUGUGUCUACUACCCCGCACCUACAAAGUGUAAAAAAGAAGAUGCAGUUCAACAAGACAGAGUCUGCAUUUAAAGAGCUGAAGUUUCUAACACCAGUCAGACGUUCUCGACGCAUUCAAGAGAACACUUGUAAACUGCCAGAUAUGUUAAAAGACCAUUAUCCUUGUGUGUCUUCCUUGGAAGAAUUAACAGUGUUGGAAAGUGAAACCGAUGCUUUUGUGUGCUGUCCCAAUGCAGCGCUGUGCCCGAUGUACUCAGAGCCUGGAACAGUAGAAGAGAAAUAAAGCGAUGAUAAGAAAUGGGGUUUUUAUUGUUCCUGGGUAUUUCGUUUGCUUGUUGUGGUAUUGUGUGUCUCUUAGGAGCCAGCCAAGUACCGGAGUAUCGCUGGCAGGAAGCUCUCUUAGUGAU